CAUUGAAUCCUGAGAGAGAGAGAAAGAGAGAGAGAGCUCCCUCGAAGAGUCCAAUUUCUCCGCGAUUCCGAGAUCCAUAGCUCCGAUGUCGUCGUCGGCGGUGAAGGGAAGCACCAAGCGAAGGGUGAAGGAGCCUCAAACCCUCAGAUCGGAGAAGAGGAGGUGCGACGACGACGACGAUGCCUUCCUCCAUCUCGAUCUAUCCAGUGAUAUCAAAGGGAUCAUCUCGGCUCUGCAGCAGAUCAGAGAGAAGGCUCAGAAGGAUGACAGGAAAAAGAGUGAAGAGACGAUCGGAAGUGUGGCAUUAGAGAUUCGAUCAAUGAUAGAUGAUGCUAAAUCAAGAAUCGAAAAGGAAAGGCAUGCAUUUCUUAAGGCCCUCUUGAAGAGCUCUAAAGAGUGCGAGAACACUCUGAAGAAUGAACAUGCUAAGUUCCAAGCAGAUCAAGAGAAGUUCUUCAAGGAGAAGGCUGUGCAUCUACAGACUUUAAAAGAAAUAUUUUCCAAGUAUGAAGAUGAAAAGGAAAAUCUCUUUGCACGUUAUGAACAACAACGGAAAAAGGAGAAGUCUACAUUGUCAGAGUUAGAGAAGAAAUGUGCUCAAAAGAUAUCAACUGCAGAAGAAUCCUUGAAAAAGAAGAAGCAGGAUGAUAAAUCCUUCAGCAUUCUCCGUAAAACUCUUGGUUCAUUUCUGGACAAUGCUUCAGAUGAGGACUUCACCAUCGAUGAAUGAGAAGAGCUUUUAAAUUCAUGCCUGAACUCACUUGUGAAACUGACCCUCACCAAUAUCCAGGCAAAUUCCAGUGUCGUAUUCCUGAAUUCUAUGUAGAUAGAAAUUAUAGGAUUAGACAAUGCUCAUUAGUUAGUUGAGUGAUUUUCGUAUUUUGACAAACUGCUGGUUUCUAAACAACAAUGCUGUGCUAUUUUGUAUCUGGUUCUAUUUGUAUUUUGAAUGUUUGAUGUGUCUAUUUUGCAUCAUUGAAUGCAUAAGACUUUUCUCUUA